AAAGAUUCCACAGUCGACACCGUGAGAAGACUAGGAGUGAAGACAGAGAAGGUGAAAUUGUGAAAAGGGACCACAUAACCACCAAGGCCUUACAAAACCAAUUUAGGAACUCCACAGGAGAUACUAAAAAGAAAUAAUUGAGAGAAUUAGAAAGAGGGGAAAAGGAAGUGCAGUAUUUGAGGGUUUUGUGUUUGUUUUGCUGCUACAGUAUGAGCAGAGUUGUGAUUCUCUCUGUGCUCCUGCUGUCCCUGAGCUGGUGCCGAUGUGCCGUCAUCACAGGGGCAUGUGACAGGGACGUGCAGUGUGGUGUGGGUCUUUGUUGUGCUGUAAGUCUUUGGCUCAGAGGCCUGCGGAUGUGCACACCACAGGGUCUGGAAGGAGACGAAUGCCACCCGUACAGCCACAAGGUUCCUUUUCCCGGCAAAAGACAACACCACACUUGCCCCUGUCUGGCACACCUGGUCUGCACCAGGUACAUUGAUAAUAGAUAUCGCUGCACCAGUGACUUCAAAAAUAUAGACUUUUAAUAAAAAAAGGAGCGGAAGACAAUGAAGAAUGGAGAAGAAGAAACAGGAUAGCACAAGAGGAAAACAUAAGAAGUUACCACUUUUCACGUCAUUUUUAUCACUAUCAUGUACUUUGCACUUCAAAUGCUGUUAUCCAGCUUCUCUCGAAAUGCCAACAUACGUUUGCCCCUGCGUCAUGAGGUCUACCUCACAAUCACUGGUUUACCUUGGCAUCCACUGCACUUAUAUUUGAUAGUAAACACAUACAGUUAGUUUCAUAACCUGACCUUCACAUUGAGUCUACGCGCAAACAAGAGAGAACAGUACACGAUUUUGUUAGAAAAAGAAGAGAAACGUUU